AUGGCCCAAAAUCUGGAAUCCAACUUCUCCAUCAGAAAUUUGUUGGCAGGCGCAGAUGGCACCAACCCAGCGAUAACACCACCACCAUCCGACGGGUCUUUAUCUCCCAACAUUUCCUUGUCGUCGAAUGAAGAGAAUCAUGGAAGUCGGCCGAACUUGACGUAUAGUGCGUUGGUGACAAUGGCGAUACGAAGCAGUCCUCAAGGCAAACUGACGUUGAAUGCAAUACAAAAUUGGAUCAGUGAGAACUUUCCCUUUUACCGAAAGGAUGAGCAAGGCUGGCAGAGCCAGAUCAGACAGACACUAAGCACGAACUCAUGCUUCCUUAAGGUGCCACGUGCUUUGGACGACCCAGGGCGUGGAAACUAUUGGGCGUUGAGUUCUGAAUUACCAGCUGUUGGUACUGUCGGUGUGGGAAAUGGAAGUGCGAUAGGAGCAUUGUGCGUUGGUCACCCUGGCGAUGGACGUGGAAACUAUUGGGCGUUGAGUUCUGAAUUACCGGCAGUUCGUACUGCCAGUGUGGGAAAUGGAAGUGCGAUCGGAGCAUUGAUAAAUGGUGUACCACAUCCUCAGGCUCCAAAUGCGGUUUACUUCCCCACGCCCCACGAGGUACAAGGAGCCCAUCAGACUCAAUUAGUACAGGCGCUACAUGAGCAGCAUGCUUGUUAUCAGUAUCACCUCCAACAAACGCAGCUAUUGCAGCAACCAUUGUUCAUACUGCAACAACAACAGGCUCAGCAGCACUAUCAGGACGUAUACCAGAAACUAAUGUUCCAUCAACAACAAGUCGAGUUUCUGACUUCGCAGCAAAUAUCCGCAUAA